AAAUACAUCGAAGUGCAACCUGGAGCAAGUGUCAUGGCGCUAACUUCGGAUAUCGAUUUUGGUCCAGUAGGAUGCAGAACGCUCGUAUUCUACUGAUAACGUUUCCUACUUGUCGCCACAGGUGAAGUUAUUUUUACUGGGAGUGGUCACUGCCAUCUCGACCCUAUUCAAAUUUGUAAAUAGUUACGCUUAAAAUGCGGAUAUUGACGUUUGGUGUUCUUUUUAAUACUUUUCAUAUUAUAUACGGUGCUGCUGGGUUAAAAAUUUACGAGGCAAACCCUGAUACAAAGAGACUUUACGAUGACUUAUUGUCGAAUUAUAAUAGACUUAUACGCCCUGUCAUUAACAAUACCGAAACCUUAACAGUUUGGCUUGGUUUAAAGCUCUCGCAACUAAUCGAAAUGAAUUUGAAAAAUCAAGUGAUGACUACCAACGUCUGGGUAGAACAGAAAUGGAUUGACUACAAACUACGAUGGAAUCCAGAAGAAUACGGUGGCGUGGAAAUGUUAUACGUGCCUUCCGAAAAUAUUUGGCUACCAGAUAUUGUCCUAUACAAUAACGCUGACGGCAAUUACGAAGUAACGCUUAUGACAAAGGCUACGUUAAAGUAUAACGGUGAGGUAUUUUGGAAACCGCCCGCAAUUUACAAAUCAUCCUGUGAGAUUAAUGUGGAAUACUUCCCAUUCGACGAACAGUCAUGUAUUAUGAAAUUUGGUUCUUGGACGUAUAACGGCGCUCAGGUGGAUCUAAAACAUAUGAAACAAGAACCUGGUAGUAAUUUGGUUGCAAUGGGGAUAGAUCUGAGCGACUUUUACUUGUCAGUUGAAUGGGACAUUUUGGAAGUACCAGCAUCCAGAAACGAAGAAUACUAUCCAUGUUGCACAGAACCAUAUUCUGAUAUUACAUUUAAUAUUACAAUGCGAAGGAAGACGUUAUUCUAUACAGUCAACUUAAUAAUUCCUUGCGUGGGUAUUACGUUCCUUACAGUACUUGUUUUUUAUCUACCAAGUGAUUCGGGAGAAAAAGUAUCGUUAUGUUCUUCCAUUCUUCUCUCGUUAACAGUGUUCUUUUUACUAUUAGCCGAAAUUAUUCCACCGACAUCACUAGCUAUACCACUUUUAGGAAAAUAUUUACUAUUUACCAUGAUUUUAGUCACUUUAUCGAUAUGGAUUACUGUAUGUGUUUUAAAUGUUCAUUUUCGAUCUCCAUCUACGCACAAUAUGUCACCAUGGGUUAGACAAGUAUUUUUAAAUUGGAUGCCGCGAAUUUUAAUGAUGCGUCGGACACCGUAUUCAACGCCGGAAUACGAUGACACGUAUAUGGAUAGCGGAUAUACCAAUGAAAUAGAUUUUAGCGUUAGUGAUUACCCACUGGAAUUGAAAGGAAGUCCAGAUGGAUUUGAAAGUGUCACCUCGCAGUAUAAAAACAUACGAGAAGAUGAUGCACGCCAUAUACCACAUGCAUCAGUCACUGAUAGCGAAAAUACGAUGCCGAGACACUUAUCUCCUGAUGUCAUAUCAGCUCUAAAAGGUGUGCGUUUUAUUGCUCAACAUAUAAAAAAUGCAGACAAAGAUAAUGAAGUUAUAGAAGAUUGGAAAUUCGUAGCUAUGGUUUUAGAUAGACUUUUUCUUUGGGUUUUUACAUUGGCAUGUAUUGGUGGAACACUUGGCAUAAUAUUUCAAGCACCAAGUUUAUAUGAUACAAGAGAACCUGUGGACCAACAACUUUCUGGAAUAUCAUUUCGCAAUUAUAUGUAUCCAAAUGUAAAUGCGAUUUUACAAGAUGAAGAAUAAAUUCUAAUAUUCGUG